UCCGUGAGAAAACAGAAAAAAAAAAGAAAAAAAAAGGGCUAACACAUGGGCUAUGGCUAACGGAAGAGGAGAAGAAGAAAAGGAGGAGGAGGAGGAGGAGGAGAAGGAGAAGGAAGAAAAGGACGAAGAGGGAGGAGAAGAUCAUGAUGAUGAUGAUGAGGAGGAGGAGGAGGAGGAGGAGGAGGAGGAGGGAGAAGAUGAUGAUGAAAAAGAGGGAGGAGAAGGAGGAGAAGAAGAAAAGGCUAUGGCUAACGGUAGAGGAGAAGGAGGAGGAGGAGGAGAAGAGGGAGGAGAAGAUGAUGAUGAUGAGGAGGAGGAGGAGGAGGAGGAGGAUAAUACGUCGGCUAUGGCCGACGGACGAGGACGAGAAGAAGAGGAGGAGGAGGAGGAGGAGGAGGAGGAGGAGGAAGAAGAUGAUGACGAAAAAGAGGGAGGAGGAGGAGGAGGAGGAGGAGGAGGGAGAAGAUGAUGAUGAAAAAGAGGGAGGAGAAGGGUAGGAGGAUGAGGGGGAGAAAGAAGACGACGAAGAGGAGGGAGUAGAAGAAGAAGAGGAGGAGGAGGAAGCUAAUACAUGGGCUAUGGCAAACGGGCCAGGAGAAGA